AUGGCAAAAAGAAUCACUCGCAGCUCUACUGCUGGUGGCAGCUUGGCCGUCAAGCAACAAGAGCCAAAUGCUACAGUCAAACUAGAGCAACCCUCACCACACAAACCUUCACAGAAUCCCCAAAAGCGUGCAGCCUCAUACAAAGGUAGUAAGAGCAGGAAGAGAGUCAAGGCAGAGAACGAGACAGGCUUACUCAGUCCGACCGCAUCCGAUGACCCCCCAACCGCAGACACCUCUCCCCGAACGACUCCCUCGACCAAAUCCACGUCCAAGGCCUCCGAGCUACAAUCCAAGAAACUCAAAUCAUACGCUCAGUUCGCCAAUCAAUCUCCAUUCCCUGACUUCCCUCAUCCCACGCCCGCCGAAUGCAAGCUAGCCCAUCGCAUCCUCGUUUCACUCCAUGGCCCACGUAUCCGUCCGAAAGAAGUCGUCGCAUCCACGACUCGGGCAGGCUGUGGAGAUUCGCCUUCUGUUCUUGACGCCCUUGUCCGCACAAUCCUCUCGCAAAACACUAGCGAUGUGAACUCUACUCGAGCAAAGUUGAGCAUGGACAAAGUGUAUGGAGGAAGUGACAAAUGGGAUGCCAUCGUGGCAGGAGGCCAGGCCAAACUUCAAGAAGCAAUAAAAUGCGGCGGUCUUAGUGCAGUCAAGAGCAAGGUGAUUAUAAGCAUUCUGAAACAGUCGUAUGAGAAGUAUGGGGUAUAUUCUUUGGAUCAUUUGCACCAGGCGUCGAGCGAAGAUGCGAUGCGCGAAAUGCUGUCUUUCCAGGGUGUUGGGCCCAAGACGGCCAGUUGCGUCUUGCUCUUCUGUCUGCAGCGGGAGAGUUUCGCGGUCGAUACCCAUGUCUGGCGCAUUACCGGCUUGCUGGGGUGGCGACCCAAGAGUGCGUCCCGAGAUGAAACUCAUGCACACUUGGACGCCAGGAUUCCGGAUGAGGAUAAAUAUGGACUACAUAUCUUGUUGGUCACGCACGGGAAGAGAUGUGAGGAGUGUAGAGCUGGUGGAAAGAACUUGGGCAAAUGUGAAUUGAGAAAGGCGUUCAGGAAGGGCAAAAUUGAAGGUGAAUUCGGGGAAGAGGUAAAGAUCGAAGACAUGGAGGAAGUCAAGAAGGAAGAUCAUGAGGCAGGUUGA